AAUGGAAAGAAUCUGAUCUUUUUUUGUCUGCUUCUUUAACAAAAUACGUCACAAUAAUGUCUCUAUUCUUCUUUUUCUUAUUAUGCUUCUCCAUCUCUCACGCUCUCCCUCCUCCUCGAGGUUUCUUCUUAAAUUGUGGAUCAUCUUCUUCAACAAACCUCAACGAGAUAGAUUACACACCGGACCAAGAAUUCAUUUCCGUGGGAAACACGACGACCAUUAAGCAGAAAGACCUCAUUCCGAUUCUCUCCACACUACGUUACUUUCCCGACAAGUCAUCGCGAAAACACUGUUAUAAUUUCCCUGUCGCAAAGACCUCCAAGUAUCUUAUUCGUACCACUUACUACUAUGGUAACUUCGAUGGUAAAAACAACCCACCGGUGUUUGAUCAGAUCGUUGGAGGCACAAAAUGGAGCGUUGUGAAUACAUCAGAGGAUUACGCCAAGGGUCAGAGUUCUUAUUACGAGAUCAUUGUUGGUGUUCCUGGGAAGAGACUAAGUGUUUGUCUAGCCAAGAAUGCACAUACCCUUUCUUCUUCGCCUUUUAUAUCGGCUUUAGAUGUCCAAUCUCUUGAAGAUACAAUGUAUAAUUCCACGGACCUCGGGUCCUACAAGCUCAGCCUCAUCGCCAGGAACAGCUUUGGAGGAGAUGGAGAGAUCAUCAGCUACCCAGAUGACAAAUAUAACCGUCUAUGGCAACCAUUUUUAGACCAGAAGCAUCCGACGGUGACUUCUCGAAGCAGAAUUAACCCGUCAAACUUCUGGAACAUUCCACCGCCUGAAGCCUUUGUGGAAGGUUUCACAGCGAGUAAAGGGAAGCCUCUAGAGCUUCAAUGGCCUCCAUUUCCUCUUCUGGCCACAAAGUAUUAUGUAGCUCUGUACUUUCAGGACAAUCGGAGUCCAGGCCCCAUGAGCUGGAGAGCUUUUGAUGUCUCAGUCAAUGGGCUUUCCUUUUUAAGGAAGCUCAAUGUGAGCACUAAUGGGGUUAUGGUUUACUCUGGCCAGUGGCCAUUGUCGGGUCAGACUCAGAUCACAUUGACUCCGGCCAAGGAUGCGCCGAUUGGACCUGUCAUUAACGCCGGAGAAGUGUUUCAAGUUCUUCCUCUUGGUGGAACCACUAAUAUUAAAGAUGCAAUUGCAAUGGAAGAUCUGUUAGAGAGCAUCAAGAAGCCUCCAGUGGAUUGGUCCGGCGACCCAUGCCUCCCUCGGGCUAACUCGUGGACUGGCCUAACUUGCUCCAAAGAAAAAAUCAGCAGAGUGAUUUCUCUAAAUUUGACAAAUCUUGGACUAUCUGGGUCUCUACCACCAAGCAUAAACAAGAUGACUGCCCUUAAAGAUCUAUGGUUGGGGAAGAACAAGCUCACAGGACCGAUUCCAGAUUUGAGUCCAAUGACGAGAUUGGAAACUCUACAUUUAGAGGACAAUCAGUUCACUGGAGCGAUUCCUGAGUCACUUGCAAAGCUCCCUAAUCUCCGCACACUGUCCCUCAAGAACAACAAGCUUAAUGGUACAAUUCCUAGUGUACUCCUCCAGAGAAAGGGCCUAACUAUUCAGGCGUCUCCUGAGAACAUGCCAAGCACAAAUAAGACCGGCCAAAUUCGGGUUGCUAACAGCUGAUCAGAUUCAAGUGCUCAUUAAUGAUAAAUCAGGGCUUCUGUAUAACUACAGGGUCAUAAAAAUUGAAGUACACA